AUGAGAGCUCCUGAGCAGCCCGUCCACCGCGACGUCGGCUCUGGCAUGAACCAGGGAUUCCCGGAAGGAUUGGAGCGUAUCGCUCGCAUUUCCCUCCUGGAGAUUCACCGAGUUCCCAACGUCAACGGCCCUGCUACUGCCGCUGAGCCUUUGGUGCUCAACCUCUCCUCCGGCGCCAUGUUAGAGGCGAUCAGGAAAUUCGCCGCGGCAUGUGAAGAGCUUGCCAAGGAAGCCGUAUACCGUGAAACCUCCUCUGAGGAGACCAUGGUCGAGUCCUUCGAGACGGCCAAAGCACUUGCGAAUGGGGUGUGCGUUAACGUUGGUCCUUUCGUUAGAGUCUGUGUUUGA